UCGGCUCAUUUACUGUAAUAUUGUUUUAGAAAUUCGUGUCGUUGAUUGCCGUCUGCUAACCAUAAAGUCAUGUUUAGUAUAUGAAAGCUUAGUUGAUAGAAACUAGUUUGAUAAUUGUAGCAAUUAGGAAUAUAAUAGGUAUCACAGAACUCAUGAAUUGGUUUCGAUGAGAUAAAUUUUAGCCAUGGCUGAAGGCAAUCGAUCUCAGCUGAAUACUUUUACUGAAACUGUUCGUAAAUGGAAGAAAAGACCGCAUCCUCCUGUAUUUAAUGGCAUUGGAACAUCUGAAGAUAAAAAUAAUGACUUUUUGUGUCCUAUUUGUUUUGAAAUCAUAUCUGAGGCUUAUAUGACGAAGUGCGGGCACACAUUUUGCCACAAAUGUAUAGUAACCAGUUUGGAGUACAACAAAAGGUGUCCUAAGUGUAAUUUUGCUAUUGAAAGUAUUGAUGAAAUAUUUCCAAACUUUCUUUUAAACGAGCUUAUAACAAAGCACCAGAGGAAAACGUCCGAGAAAAAACUGAAAUAUGCUUCAUCUGAAUCCGUUAGUGUUUCUGAGUUACAGCAUUUUCUAUCAUAUGAAAAGUCAAAUUUAACCAUUGAGGAUGUAAACAGUAUGCUGGAAAUUUUGGCCCAAAAAAAGCAACAACUUGAAGCAGAUUGUAGGGAAACUCAGUUACUUCUUCUGAAAGAAUUCUUACAAAAAGUUAGAUCUCACAAGAAAGAUGAAUUAAGGCAACUUCAGCAGCAAGUUAAUGUAAUUGAUGCUGAUAUGCGACUUGUAGAGGAAAUGCACCAGUCUCAUACAUUACGUUCUCUCAAUACCAUAGGGCAUUCAAGUGGAGUUCAUUUAAAAUCCGAGCCAACAACUUCAAAGGCUUGUACUUAUAGUUCUUGUGUUUCAAAUCUCCCAAAACAGGAUGGAUUCAAUGGCAGUAAAUAUGUUAAUAAAUUUCAUAAUGUGCCAUCAUUAGCUUCCAGACGAAAACGAAUGCAUGAACAUUUUUCUGAUCUUGAACAGAGUUACCUGAAUUUACGUUGUAAAGGUUUAGUGUUUUCUUCAUGUGGUGAUGUAUCAAGGUCUGGUUUAGAUGAUUUUGAUGAGAGUUUAUCAAAAUUUACCCGAUUUAGUUUUGUAAGACCAUUGGCUACUUUAAAUUAUGCCAACGAUCACUUCAACAGUUCCAAUAUAGUCUCUAGCAUUGAAUUUGAUAAAGAUAAUGAAUAUUUUGCUAUUGCUGGAGUCACAAAGAAAAUUAAAGUAUUUGAAUACGGAGCUGUGAUAAGAGACUCACUUGAUAUUCAUUAUCCAGUAAAUGAAAUGCUCUGUAAUUCAAAAAUAAGCUGUAUCAGCUGGAGUUCAUAUCACAAAGGUAUGCUUGCUAGUAGUGAUUAUGAAGGUACUGUUACUCUCUGGGAUGCUUUCACAGGUCAAAAAGUAAAGACAUAUCAGGAACAUGAAAAACGAUGCUGGAGUGUUGAUUUUAAUAGAAUUGAUACAAAAUUAAUUGCAUCUGGUUCAGAUGAUUCAAAAGUUAAAUUGUGGUCUACUUCAUUUGAUCAUUCAGUCACAUCUCUUGAAGCCAAAGCUAAUGUUUGUUGUGUCAAGUUUAAUCCAGAAAGUCGGUUUCAUUUGGCUUUUGGCUCAGCAGUGGAGGAUAAACAUGGAGGAAAACUUGAUCACUGUGUCCAUUAUUAUGACUUAAGAAAUCCUAAACAACCUUUGGAAGUAUUUAGAGGACACAAAAAGGCUGUGUCUUACGUAAAGUUUCUAAAUAGCUGUGAAGUUGUCUCUGCGUCAACUGAUAGCCAGUUGAAACUUUGGAAUGUAAACCAGUCUCAUUGUCUAAGAUCUUUCAAGGGGCAUCUCAACGAAAAAAAUUUUGUCGGUCUUGCAACUGAUGGAGAUUUUAUUGCAUGUGGCAGUGAAAACAAUGCAUUGUACAUUUACUACAAAGGUCUUUCUACUCAAGUUUUAACAUUCCGAUUCGACACCGUAAAGAGUAUAUUGGAAAAAGAGAAAAAAGAAGACGACUCAAAUGAAUUUGUUAGUGCUGUGUGUUGGCGAAUGGGAUCAAAUGUGGUUGUUGCAGCUAAUAGUCAAGGAAAUAUUAAAGUUAUGGAAUUAGUAUAACUUAGCUAAAGAAGCAUGUACAUAAUGUAAAUAAUGUACAAAACAAAUCUGCAUUAAAUCAUGCUAAUUGUGGUUACUAGGCAGCUAUGACGAAAAAGGCAUUUUAAUGCUUUCUUAAAAAUGUUUAUGCCAAAUUAGUUCAAUAAAAUGUAUAUUUUCAUAAGAUA